GUAUCUUUGACACAUUCUCAGAAAGCAUGGGAAACGUCUUUGCCUACGUUUCUGUGAAAUCUAAUGAUGGCGACGAAACGAAAGUAAUCAAGGAUCAUCCGAAAAAAUUAAAGCCUUUAAAGUUGAACGAUGAUACGGAGCAGCUUACACGGCCGGCGUUUAUUGAAGAUGGAGACAAUGUCUCCAGUCCUGCUUUGAAAUUGGAAAGGAAUAAAGACGUGCCUGAUGGUAACGUUAUUAGUAACAUUUUGGAAGCACACGACAGCGAGUUCGAAUCACUGGAAAACAAAGUACAAAUUAUCAAUUUAAAUCAUGGUGGAUUCCUCAAAAUGGAGCCGAACAAUCAUGACGGAUUCUCUGUACUCGCCAACGGAAGAAGAAGCGAUGGUUAUGCUGUGUGGCAGGCUCAUUUAACUGUUGAUGAAGAACAUCGACAGAUCCUCGUGUUUGAGAACGUAGAAUGUUCACGUCUUAAGAAAGAAAAGUGUGUCCUGUGUUCGGAAGUGAACGCUUCUGAGGGUUUCAUUUUGUCUGGAAAGACAAUUGUAGAUAUCCCAACAACGCUUCGUAAGCUUGAUCGGUCAAUCGCUUUCUACAAGACGAGAAAGGCAGAGGGAAGUGAAUUGAUGUUUUUCAAGUCGAUGUUUUCUAAGAAAGAUCGACCUUUAUAUGUUGGCUUUGACGGAGAAGGAUUGCCACUUCCUCUUAAUAAAGUAAGGAAGUAUUCGCCUGAUUUUCAGGCGUUUUUCAGACUUAUUGAAGCUGCGUAUUGAUCGUUUAGCUGUGCAAGCGCACAUUGCUUUCAUUCAUUCGUUAGUGUGCACAUAUGUGAAAAGAUCCUUCGUGGUACAAUCUAUUUUUUGUGCUUUAUACUAGAACAAUUGCUUGACCUGUCCGCGUAUUUAUGCUAUACAAUUAGAAUUCAAAGGAAACGAGUAAUGAGAACGCUCUGAUUAUGAUAACAUUCUUAAAUUAGAAUAGCAGGACCAAAACUUGCGUGCUGGCCAGCCCCCAUUGUAAAUCAGUAAUUCUAGUGUUGUAGAGAUAUGAAUGUAAAACAAAUGCAUGUUUACAGACAAUACAAUUCGAAAGAAUUUA